AUGAACCCUGUUAGCAUCGGGGAGUACCAUGGGCUACGGGUGGGCGCAGCCCUGCUCAGCAUUGUGGCCGGCUGCAUCAUCAUCGGGGUGUCCCGGGAGUGUGAUGCUGAUGCUGUAGGAGGUAUCUUUCUUGGAGCCGGAGGCCUCGGUCUUCUCAUAUCGAUUUUUCCCUUCAUAAAAGCCUGGCUGAACAUCAACAACAUUUUUCCAUCUUUUGGAAACUUUAGAGUUCAUCCCACACCAGCCGAUCAACCAGCUGAGACGCUGAGACGAGAAGGAACUCAGAGCCAGAUCCAACUGGAGCGUUCUAAGAGUCGUAUGGGAACCUUUGUAGAAGGAGGACCAGUGUCUGAACCCAACCCAGAUGAGGGGACUUCAGACAUGCCAGAUGUCUUAUCAAGACGAAAACAGAAACAGUCAGCUACCGAUCAAGACUUGCCAUGA